AUGUCCGACUCUGAACUCUCCGAAGCGUCGGCCACGCCGGUCCCGCCUGAGCGCGAACUCGAGAAGAGUCUGCGUCACGAAGUGGUGAAGGCGCAGAGACAGGGGCUGGAGUUUUCGUACAAUUCCAUCCGUGCCGCUGCGGAGACGAGUCUCGGCCUGACUCCGGGCUUCUACAAGAGCCAUGCAGAGUGGAAACAACGAAGUAAACAUGUCAUAGAUAAGCAGAUGGAGACCGAAGACCCGCCGAGCUCGCCUCUUCAAUCGACCAAGCCCAAGCCCGAUCCCAAUCCCAAGUCCAAGCCGAAGCCGAAACCGAACUCGAAAAACCGCGCUUCGGUAGAAACGAAGCCUGCGCGGAGGAAACGGCAGAAAACCGCUGAAAAAGAGUCGGAUGCUUCGGAAGAGGACGACCUGUCUUCACCUUUGAGCGAUGUCGAUUCCGAGGUAGUGCAAGAGAAGUCCAAGAAGGAUCCAAAACAGAAGCAGAAGCAAAAUCAGCCGAAGAGCGUCUCGGAAAAACCACGCGCAACCAAACCCAAGACUGCCGAAUCCGACUCGGACGAGGCAGAGGAGGCCAACGAGACCAAAGAGAAGGAGGCCUCGGAAGAUACCCCCGCUGUGGGUGAUGCAGAUAACGGGUCAGAAAGCGAGCUGUCGGUUCUGUUGGACGAGGCGCCUCCACCGACCAAGAAGCGAAAACCAAAGGAUAGGUCGAGCGCAGGCCCGAAGGCCCAAGCGAAAAAGACGGCCAGAAUCAAGAAGGAGGCCGACCUGGACCCUGAUCAAGCCGAGAUCACACGGUUACAAGGGUGGCUGGCAAAGUGCGGCAUCCGCAAGUUCUGGGGGAAAGAGCUCAAGCCGUACGAGACGGCCAAAGCCAAGAUCAAACAUCUCAAGGAGAUGCUGGCAGAUGCCGGUAUGACGGGUCGGUAUUCCAUCGAGAAGGCCAACCAGAUCAAAGAGGCGCGGGAGUUGGCGGCCGACAUUGAAGCUGUGCAAGAAGGUGCCGAGCGUUGGGGCGCGGACGAGGAUGAAGAUCGUAAUGCAAAACAGGAUGGUCAAGGGACCGGUACUGGGACCGGGGCUCGACGGCUCGUGAGGGGAGCUAAGAACUAUGACUUUUUGAGCAGCGACGGCGAGGAGACUGAUUGA